UGCGUCGGUCAUAAAACGCUGCGUAGCAGCGCCUGACGGUCGGUAGACAAGAAGUGUCGGGGAAAACGUUCCUACUUGGAUCUCUGCACAACACCGGUCAGGUUUUCUAUCAGUUCAUAAACAACUUUAGUACUUUUUCGAACUCUUCCGUAGAAACUAGCAAAAGGUCCUUAUUAAAAAGAACCACCAAUAAAGAUGAGUAGUAUUGCAAAGAUGGACGACCUUGAAGAUGCGAAGAAGGAGCUGAAAGAAUUGAAGAGGAAAGUUGAGAAAGCUGAUGACGCGAAAGCCAGGUUGGUUCUGGAAAAACUGGAAGGAGAUGAAUUAAAGGAGAAUGCCAAAACAGAAAUGAUGGCUCAAGCUGGAAAGCAGGAGUCUUGCCAGAAAGAAUUCACUCAAGACUUGGAAAAAGUCAAGGAUGACAUCCAGAAGCUUUCUAAACACAAAAAAGAUAUACUGGAUAAACUGAGGCGAUGCAAAGCUCAGCUGGAGGCUAAGAAAACCGAGGCUUCAAAACUGAAGCACAAAUUCAAGAUCUAUGCCCAGAUUCCAGAGACGGAGGUGAAGUUUCUGUCUCUUAUCAGAGAGGAGAACGAGGAGGGAGAAGACACCAGUGAUUCAGUCAGAGGAGUGUUUACCAUCAGUCAGAGAGCUGCAGUGCUCCUACUAGGAGGGCAGGCUCUCAUCACGUUUGAGGAAGAGAAAGUGGCUCAAAAGGUCCUGAAGCUCCCUGGUUGCCGUGUGUCCUGUGAAGACAAAACCUUGAAUGUGAAACCAAAAGGACUCGCCUUGGAAACAUCUGUGAAGUUUGAGGUCCAUAUGGAUGUGUCCAGAAAAGAGCUGAAAGUAUCCAACAUCCCCCCUGCCAUGCCGCAGGACAGAACGGAGGACCGUCUGGAGAUCAGCUUUUCCAGACCAACCAGGGGAGGAGGAGAAGUGGAGAGUGUGGAUUAUGAUGUCAAGACUGGAACUGGGUCCAUUACAUUUUUGAAACCUGGAGUUGCCUGGAGGUUGGCCAGAAAAGGAGUGUACAAAGUAAAUCUUGAAUCUGAAGUUAAUGUCAAGGUUGGACCAGCGUAUGACUUCAAGUUGGAGAAAUUUCAAACAUCAUGCGGUUCAUCGAGGCGAACCAUUCUUCUGGAAGGCAUCGAUGAUGUGGAGGAUGAGGAGGACCUGCAGGACCACCUGGAAAUUCAUUUCCAGAAGCCCAACAACAGCGGUGGCGAAAUUGAAAACAUCAAGUAUAUUGCUAAGGGAAAGUCUCUCCAGGCAUUUUUCAGUGAGGACAAAGUAGACACAACCAACUAAAGUUGGCUGGAAGUGGUCAUCUUCAGCAACAUUCAGGAGAAUAGGAAGAGCCUGACUCCAUGGUCUGUUCAGUGGUAAAAGCAGAAAAUCUUUUUACUUUUGACACUUGGAAAUGUUAUUUGGUUACGGUGAUAUUUUAUUUAUGUUCUGGGAAAGCGGGUUUGAUUUUAGCAUAUAUAAAUUACUAUGCUUACACAAUCUGUAGACAUGAACUGGGUUUCCAGAAAGAAACUAUGUUCAGUCACCGUGUAUCUCAACUCUGAUGAGCUAAAAUUACAUCUCUGGAAUAUUGAUCUUAAUGUAAUUCAUGACAUAACAGGUAUUGGUAGCCAGUUUCUAAAGUGUUUUAAGAACACUUCAGCACUAAUUUAAGAAUAAAUUAUGUAUCAUAUGAAUAUAUGGUGGUAAAUUACCCUCACUAGAGAUGACAGGUAUUUUGCAUACUGUGUAAAAAGCAAAGAUCAGACUUUUUGUCUGGGUCAUCACUAAGGUUUAAGCUUCUGCUUGUUAUUGUCUCUUCUGCCCUGUUUAUGAUGCCUAUUAAAAUAUAAAAACUACGUCAGUGGAA